CGCAGGUGUUUUAGGAGGAAUCAGAUAUUUCAAAAUUUUGGAUUUCGUGAAAUCUUGAGAAUUAAAUUAAUUUAGAUCUUUAUUGUGUUUAAGUGAUUUUGAGGUUUUUCUUAAUGAACAGUUUUUAACGAAUUUUAAGGUUUUCCAAACAAAAUGUUAUAAUAUGCUAGUGCAAGGAAGUGAAUGGGAGGGUUGGUAUGCCGCCCCUGCCCCCUUUGGACAAACAACGUUCAAAAUAAAAAUCUUAGAGGUUGACCUCCAAGGCGAGUUUAAGGGGGAGGGGGAGGACAAACAGGGACAGUUUGAGGUCAGGGGGACAAUACAGGGGUCAGAGAUUGAGUUUGUAAAAGAUUACAAAGAGAAUGGAAAUCACAAGGGAAUAAUAUACAAAGGAAGAAUUGAAGAAAACAAGAUUUCUGGAAAAUAUGAAUUUCUCUACAAAGCUCUUUUCAUCCGUUUAAACGUCUGUGAAGAUUUUGAAAUGAAAUUGAUUACGUAAA